GACGAGGGCCUCCUCGUGUAGGCCGCCUACGGGGUCAAGCUCGUCGCCGACGCCCGCGUCGCCGACCUCGAAGGCGAGGCCUUCGACCUCAUCGCACUGCCGGGGCGUCCACCACUCCCCUCUCCGACCACAAUCAAGGCUUCGACCAAAUCAGCCUUUUUCUUUUCCCUGAAUCAAUCAACAACCGCCUACUAUGCCUGCCUAACUGUUCCAUUGGCGUUCGCGCUCGCUGCAACCUCAAAGAUGUUGACACACAUGGCCUGAUCAUUUGGUAUUGCUGCUUAAUUCGGUGUAGGGCGGGAUGCCGGGAUCAACUAAUCUCAGAGACUGUAAAGUGCUCGAGAAGAUGGUCAAGAUGUAUGCAGAGAAGGGGGAACUCUAUGGCGCCAUUUGCGCUGUGCCCGCGGUGACGUUGGCCCAUUGGGGCAUGCUCAAAGGUUUAAAGGCGACUUGCUACCCGUCAUUCAUGGAGAAGUUCACUUCUGAAGUGAUCCUUGUGAACUCCAGGGUGGUGGUGGAUAGAAAUGUGGUGACCAGCCAGGGUCCAGGAACAGCAAUCGAGUUUGCUCUUGCUUUGGUGGAGCAGCUAUAUGACAAAGAGAAGAUGGAGGAGGUUGCUGGACCUUUGGGAACUCCGUGCCCUUUAUACUUUGAAUUCUGCGGAGAUGGUUCUCAUUUGACCCCAAAAAGAGAAUGGAGUGAUGUAAGAGUUGUGAGAAAAUUGCGAGGGUUGCGUCAGCAAGAGAAGUUUGCCGCACGUAAUCAUUUCAGAGGGCUGCGUGAUAGUCAGCAAGCGGGCGGGCGCAGGCCUACUCCCCUAUUCAUGCUUGCAAUGGAUAACCUGAGGGAUAGGAAGCUUGCAGAGCAGCGUACCAGGGAUUCUGAUAUUCCAGAAUAUCUUACCUGUCCACUGUGUGGCCAAGUUAUGAUUGACCCGGUGACAAUUGCCACGGGGAAGACGUUUGACCAACAGUUCCUCAAGGAUUGGUUUGAGAAGAAAGGACUUGUCUGUCCUCUGACCGGCGAGCCUGUAUCAGGUGCUAUUGUCCGGAACGAGCGAAUUAGAGGCUACUUGAAGGAGUGGGAAGACUCUAAGGCGGAGCUGAUCACCAAGGUUCAGUCUCGUAUCUCAUAUAAGCCCUAAUUAAGUCUCCUUGUUCUUGUUUAACGCUGAUGUGAUUAGUGAUGUUUCACUGACCUGGAGGUGUGUUAUUACAUAUCAAGCAAUUAAUCUAUUACCUAAAGACAUUUCCGUUGCCUCGGUAUCAUUCCCUAUGUCUAUCUUGAAUUCUUUGCUUAAGAGAAAUUCCUUGAGAUUA